UUUCUUCCUUUUAAAUUUUUAUUUUUAAAUAUCAUUUUUUUUCUACAAUUUCCGCCAACCUGGAAAAGUGAUUCCGCAGGCCUGUCUGAUUUUCUCGUAGUGUUUGCUCCAGUCAAGGUGCUCAACCCCGCCGUCGGGCGCGACCCGCUUGACCCACAUGGGGUCGUAGUUGACCAGCUCGCCCUUGGACGUGGUCCACUCCUUGCCGAGGCCGCCGACCAACAGGCGGCCGUUGGCCACCGUGGCCCACUCGGACUUGAAGCCCUUGGCCGCGUGGCCGUCGCCGUCGCCCAGCAACACCCACGGCACCACCCGCGGCUUCUGACCUCCGUACUCCAGCAGCUGGUAGAUGACCCCGGUCCGGUCGUCGGCGGUCAGCAACCUGCCGGUGAAGGUCACCAGCUCGGACAACUCCAUGCCUCGGCCGCCCGCGGCCAACUGACCCUUGAUCUGAAAUUCCAACAAGAUUUAUAAAUUUUAUUCCGAAAAAAAAGGUCAAGUUUUUGACCUCGAUGGGACUGGCGUCCCAGGUGACGGAGACGCCCUUGGAGGAGGGCGUCCAGGUGAGGCGGCCGCGCCAAAACAGCGACUUCCAGGAGCGGCCGUCGGGCUCGGCGGCCGCCGUGUCCAGGUCGGCGAUCAUGCCGAUGACGUAGGUGACCUGGCCGCGGCCGACCAGCGGCUUGGUCAGGGGGUACGAAAGGUUGGGCGCCACCGCAUCCUGAGGGGAGGGCGACGGCGGCGGGAGGACGACGGCCGGCCGCAGGUGGCCGCGGUUGGCGGUCGCGAAGUACAGCAGCAGCAGAAGGAAGGCGCCGACGGCCACGACAACGGCCACGAAGCGCAUCUGCAGUCUCAGGGUGCUGCUGCCGACCCUGUACGCGGGCGGCGUGCGAAUCGCCUGCCGCCAGUCCACCAUCUCACACCUCGGGGCCCAUCACCGCCGUGCCACCAUCGCCGCACUCACAGGAGAGAGGCGGCCACUUUUUUGCAAAAUAAAUAAUACGUGCGCUGCUGUGUCAACACCACAUUCGCACAAACCGGUUUCUCGCAAUUAUUACCGGUUUUUUAAGAUCGGUUUUUUCAAAAUUAUUUUGUAUAAUUUUGCGACAUUGAAAAUUAAAUUUUAUUGUUUCAAACUAUUUUCGGUUUUCUUCUUAAUUUUACUUGCAAAGACUGUAAUUUUGCACUUGAAAAUUUGCCGAUUAACCGUUUUGUCAAAAACUGAAAACCGGAAACGAACUUGGACCAAUUUCCAAGUACCAACACCAUCGAAUUAAAUUCCACUGCACUUUUGCGUAGGUGGACCAAUCAAAUGCUACUUUUUGGGUCACGUGUUCAAUUUCAGCCAAUCAAAAUUCCGGAAAGCCUUUGCAUCCAAUGAUAAAUGCGUUAACGAAAGUACAGCGAGUAGAAACAAGCCGUGUUGGACCUUUUCGUUGUGCCAACUUAAGCAAAACGAUUUGUGUAACAAGAAGAAGUAAAAAGAACCAUAUUUUUCUUAUAAUACCAAAAAAGAAAAUAGACAGUAACUUAAAAGAAAUAUUUUUAAUUUAUAUUUUGGAAAAAUAUGCAAAAGAUUGGAGAAUUUUUAAAAUUUUUCACUUGUAUUUUGCUACGUUGGCUAUGCUGUCUUAUUUUUAAGUAAGACCGGCAAAGGGUUGUGGAAUUUGUUCAGCGGCAGCAUUUUUCUGGUGUGUUGCCGUGUUUUGAAGUUGGAAAUGCCGCUAUUGUCCGGCGGCGGCAGAUUCGUGGCGCCGAAAAUCGAGCAGAGGAAAAGACAAACGCAAGAUUUACCAGCGGAUGCGUCACAAUUACCUGACGAGGUGGAAAUGACCCUUGAUGGACACACGUUAAUUUUCAGCGAAGGGCAGUGGAUCAGUUCGGGAAGUAGCACAGGCGUGAUUAGUGGCUCAAAAAGAGAGGCGAUGCGUAAACUGGAAGAGGAGAACAACCUUCUGAAGGCGAAACUGGAACUGAUGAUGGACAUGUUGACAGAAAUGACGGCCCAGUCACGUUUGCAAGCCAAAGAAGUUAAAAUGCUCAGGGCGAAGCUGAGGAAAUAAUUUUUUUGGACGCUUAAAAGAAGUUAUGUGUUAGAACAUUCAUGUGUAAUAAUUGUCCAUUAAUGCUAAAAACUGUCACGUCAAAUCAGUCUUAUCAAAAAUUGCCAAGAAUAUUUUCAUAAUUCAUUACAUGAUUAUUUUUAUUGUUUAACUGUCCAAAUGCAUUAUUUAAGAUUUAAAAGAAUUUAGUAAAAUCUAAAAUAAAUAAUUUUCACGAUUUUAAUCUUAUUUUUAAUGGAAAUUUACCCAAUAGCUCUGAAGUUUCUACUGUUACAGACAUGUAAAAAUAAACAGAUGCUAUAUAUUUAAAAAAAAGGAAAUAGUUUGUGUUUUUACGACAUUAAUUUGCGCUAAAGCGUAAUGUUAUUUUAAUAUCACUGAACAAAAUUUAAACGAAUUUGUGUGAUAUCCUUAUUAAGGAAGUUACAAUGUAUAAUUGUUUUAAGUAGUACAUUUAUUUAAGAAGGUGGGUAGAUUUAUUUCUUAGCAAUUUAAUGAUAAUAAUCAGAGAUAAUAAUUACUCAAUAAUUCAAUUUAAAAUUUAACAUCUUUAUCAAAAUGUCAUUAUCUGCGUGAAAAUUUCUGAAGAGUAAAAUCCGUUUCCAAUUGACUGAGACUUUUGAGUCAGUUCUGGGCCUCUGUAAAAAUAUUUGAUUAAAACUGACGCUAUAGGUACCGCCUGAGCUCCAGGAAGUCUAUCAAGGCUCAAACUCAACACGAUCAACUUUAGAUUUGUAUUAAACAGAUGAAAUAAUUAUUCAAUAAAUUUAUAUUUUUAUUCAAUUAGAUAACCUUAUAAGAUAAAUACA